AUGACUAGUCGAAACGUUCGAGGAGGAGGAGCUAUGGGUGGUGGUGGUGCAGCAAAAGCUGGCGGCGAACAAGGUGGUAAUGCAGCAGCAAAUCCAACAACGAUAAAAGAACGUCUUCUUGCUUGGUGUCAGCAAGCGACACAAGGAUACCAACAUGUUAAUGUAACAAACUUUUCGUCAUCAUGGGCUGAUGGUAUGGCAUUUUGUGCUUUAGUGCAUCAUUAUCUACCAACUUCAAUAAAUUAUGAAGCACUUAAUCCAAAAGAUAGACGGAAAAAUUUUGAAAUUGCCUUUAAAGCUGCUGAAGAUCAUGGAUGUGCACCAUUACUUGAUGUCAAUGAUAUGAUUGAAAUGGGUAAUAAACCUGAUUGGAAAUGUGUAUUUACAUAUAUUCAAUCACUUUAUAAACAUUUUGUUAUGAUGCCACAGGCAAUGGCCGCUCGAGCAGCAGCAACACAAGCCGGUAGUCAUUAA